AUGUUAAACAAGGUACGAUGCCUUGAGCUUGAUCUACACGACGGCUAUAAUGGACCUGUUAUCUACCAUGGCUGGACUUUAACGUCAAAAAUCAGCGCAGUUGACGUCUUAAAAGACAUUGCUGCAAACUACCAAAAAGAUGAUUUGCCAUUAAUUUUGGACCUCGAAGAUCAUCUAAGUGACUUUCAAAGAAAUUACCUGAAACGAGAAAUGCUGGAUAUUUUUAAAGAUUCUUUGUACUUACAAGAUAGUAAAGAAUUCAAAAGUCUACCUUCUCCCAACGAACUAAGGGGGAAGAUUAUAGUGUUAGCCGACAAAAAAAAAUGGGGCUCUCUGGUUAACAUUUGUCAAAAAGACGACCACCAGCAUGGUGACAUCUUCAGCAAUAGAAAUGUCACCGAAGUUUCAUCGCUGUCGGAACACACAUUCAAAGGGAUAUUAAAGUCAUUGAAAGUAAAAAUUGUCGACCGAAUAUUUGGAGGAUCCGGAAACAUUAACCUCGAGCGAUUCAGGGACGUGACCAAACGUCGAUUGAUUCGCAUAUACCCCGGCGCAGACCGGCAGUUUUCGGGCAAUUAUAACCCGAUUUCGGCAUUGAAUGCUGGAUGCCAACUGGUGGCACUGAACGUACAAACCAGAGACUCGCACUUGGCCGUAUACGACAGCUUAUUUCGAGAAAACGGAAACACAGGUUUCGUCCUAAAACCCGCUACGCUAUUGAACCCAGGAGUUCCUGCCAACAACAAAAGGAGAAUAUCAAUCACAGUUAUCAAGGGAAAAAAUCUAACAACCAGCAAGAAAGUGAUCGAGACAUAUGUUAGUCUACGUAUCGAAGGAGUAAAAGCCGACGAAAAUAAAAAUCGCACGAAAACAGCCAAAAGUGCAGACGGGAUAAAUUCUGAAUGGAAUCAAACUUUGCAAUUUGAUGUGACGAGGUCGGAACUGGAUUUCUUAGUCAUUAAGGUCAAAGGAACCCAAUACAUGGGCCUCAAAAAUCACACCAUUGGAACUCACGCUAUACCGAUAGCAAACCUGACAGAAGGCUUACAAACUGUUCCACUAGAGGAUAAAUUUCUAAGAAAUCUCAAUGCAAGCAUCAAAGUGGAAAUAAGCAUCAAAGACCUGACUUGA